GUGAAUUAAUUUCCAUUGUGAAUCCAUGCAGUUCGUCAGUAUAGGUACGGUACGGUUUAGUUUUACUGCAUAGCCGCCCAAAUGUACAGCGCAAAGGCAAAACACAUCUCCUAUGGAAACUGGAAACCAGCAGGUCGCGAUGCCAAAGUUUAUGAUAAUAUACUACAAGUUGUCGGCAAUACUCCCCUAGUUAAGCUUAAUCGGAUACCAAAGGACUAUGGAGUCGAGUGUGAAAUCUACGCAAAGUGCGAGUUUCUGAAUCCCGGGGGCUCAAUUAAGGAUCGGAUAGCGAAAACAUUGGUGCAUGACGCGGAGAAAUCCGGAAGAGCCUAUGAUGGUACACGCUUCGUAGAACCUACUUCGGGAAACACCGGCAUCGGGCUCGCUCUGACCGCGGCAGUCAAAGCAGGUUAUAAGGCGACCAUUGUUACGCCGGACAAGAACGCAGGCGAAAAACUAAGUACUUUGAAACUGCUGGAGGCGGAUAUCGUGCAAACCCCUACCUCUGCCAACCUGGGGGACCCCGACCACUUUUUAACAGUUGCUCAGGAAAUACUUAAACAAGAUCCUAACAGCAUCAGUUUAGAUCAGUUUUCAAACCCUGUGAACCCCAUGACGCACGAAGAGCACACGGGCAGCGAGAUCGUCGCGGCGCUGGGCCACGUGGACAUGGCGGUGAUGGGCGCUGGCACGGGCGGCACGGUGAUGGGCGCUGGCACGGGCGGCACGGUCACGGGCAUCGCGCGCGCGCUAAAGAAAGCUUGCCCAGAAUGCGUCAUCGUGGCCGUAGAAGCAGUCGGCUCGAUUAUAUGGGGAAGUGAACUUGCACCGUUUUAUGUAGAAGGCAUUGGAGACGAUUUUGUACCCGAUGUUUUGGAAAAAGAUGUAAUUGAUAAGGUUGUACACACGAACGACUACGACUCCUUUAACAUGGCUCGGGAAAUUAUACGAAAGGAGGGACUACUUUGCGGUGGUAGCAGUGGAGCCGCCAUGUUCGCUGCGCUGCAGGUCGCCAAUGAGUUAAAAUUGGGCGCAGGGAAGAAAGUGGUAGUUGUGUUCCCAGACGGCAUCCGCAACUACAUGACCAAGUUCGUCGCCGACCAGUGGAUGGAGGCGCACCUGUUCAAAGAGCCUCCUUUACAUCCCAACAUUGAAUGGUGGAAUCAUCCAAUUGAUAACCUGCCUGUGUCAAGAGUAAUUUUGUUGAGAAAAAUGUCGAACCACGUGGCGUCGCAGAAUGGUCAAGCAAAUGGAUUAUCUAAAUUCUUUAACCUCAAGGAAUUGCCGCACAUCGUCAAAGUACUAGACAGAAAUCAAAAAUUCCAUCCUGACAUUCUACACGCUAUCGGUAACACUCCGCUGGUGAAGUUGACGAGAAUACCUAAGUCUGAAGGCAUAAAAUGUGAUAUGUAUGCAAAAUGCGAGUUUAUGAACCCAGGUGGGUCUGUGAAGGACCGCAUCGCUUACAGAAUGGUACUGGAUGCAGAGCAAAGAGGAGUGUUGAAACCCGGCAAAUCUGUCAUUAUUGAGCCCACCUCUGGCAAUACUGGCAUUGGUCUAGCUUUGGCGGCUGCUGUUAAAGGUUACAGAUGUAUCAUAGUGCUGCCUGAAAAAAUGUCAGACGAGAAAGUGAAUACUCUCAGGGCUCUAGGAGCGGAGAUAGUGAGAACACCCACUGAGGCACCCUCCUCCUCUCCCGAAAGUAACAUCGGUGUGGCUCACCGCAUGGCUUCAGAGAUACCUGAUGCUGUUGUACUGGAUCAGUACAACAACCCGUGCAACCCCCUGGCGCACUACGACGGCACAGCGGAAGAGAUCCUCUGGGCGCUGGACGACGCCGUGGACAUGGUGGUGAUGGGCGCCGGCACCAGCGGCACGGUGUCGGGCGUGGCGCACAAGCUCAAGGAGCGCUGCCCCGCCUGCACCGUCGUGGCCGUCGACCCCUACGGCUCCAUACUGGCGCAGCCUGAGGAACUCAACCACAGCGACGUCGACAUGUAUGAGGUGGAAGGCAUCGGCUACGACUUCUUGCCGCGAACAUUGGACAGGACCGUCAUCGACAAAUGGGUCAAGUGCGACGACCAGAAGGCGCUGCCGAUGGCGAGGCGGCUCAUUCAGGAGGAAGGCUUGCUUUGCGGCGGCAGCAGCGGCUCAGCCAUGUGGGGCGCUCUGCAGGCGGCCAAGAGCCUCAAGGAAGGCCAGAAAUGCGUGGUGCUGCUGCCAGACAACAUCCGCAACUACAUGACCAAGCACAUCUCCGACCCGUGGAUGGAGGCGCGCCAGUUCAAACCCGUGCCUACCAACGAUAAGCUUUGGUGGUGGGACUCGAUAGUGGAGCCCUCCCUCACGACGCCGGUGGCCAGCGUGCCACUGAGCAGCACACCGGCACAGGCUCUAUCCGCGCUCUCCCCCUCCGUGCCCCUCGUUACCGUCGUUAGAGAUGACGGUUCCGUGGCCGGCGUGUGUACGGCGGAUGACGCGAGACGGCGUCUCGCUAACCUGUCGGGCUCCACGUCGGAAGGCCUCGACAAGUUCCUAGUGAAGAAGUAUUACAAAGUAGACCUUGCGAAGAACCCGACGUUGGGACUUGUGUCGCGCAUGCUGGACAUUGCGCCAUAUGUUGUGGUUGUUAACACAGACGCGUCAUCACACAGCCAGCAUGUGGUCGGCGUCAUCACGUCCAACAACCUGCUCGCACUCAUCACGGACAAAGCAAAAAUGAUAAACGGCAUAAACUAACACUAGGAACCUAAAUAAAUACUAGUUAAGCGCAAAAUAUAAUAAAGAU